AUGGAAGGUCUCUACUUUAACUCACUGCACCAAAGCUAUGAUUACAGCGACAUCACCGCUGAGCUCGAUGACUAUUACAACAAACUUGAUUUCAUCAUGAAUGUGGUGACAUACAUAAUCAUCGCUGUCGGCCUUCCUCUGACCCUCAUGAACAUCUAUUCUCUUUAUUCUAUGGUGAGAAGUGAUCAUGUUGCUCCCAUCUACGUCAUCAACCUUCUCAUUACCGACCUGCUUCAACUCAGCUUCAUGAUUGCUGAUGUGGCACCAACUGUGGAUAGGAGGAUAUCUGACAUCUUCAUGUAUAUUUACCUCUCUGCUCUGAUUGCCAGUGUUGGCUUCAUGGUCUGCGUCGCCCUGGAAAGGUAUUUGGUCAUCGCCCACCCACUGUGGUACCGCUUCAGACUAUCCAUCAAGACCUCUGUGGUGGUCUGUGUCCUGGUCUGGGUCCUUUCUCCUGUCUGUGCCGUCCGUUUCUAUUUCUUUGUUGGAAAUCUGGGGACAUACAUAAUCUUCGCCAUCCUCUUCCUCCUUCCCUUCCCGCUGUUAACAUUCUUCCUGGUUGGGACCCUCAAAGCCCUGUCUGCUACCAUCUCAAUCUCCCCUGAUGAAAAACGACAAAUUGUGGGAAUUUCGGUUCUGGUGCUGCUUAUUUACACGCUGCUGUACCUGCCCACCAUCAUUUUUUACCUGGGAGAACAGGAUGAUCAAUUAAAGAAGCUUCUUGACCCCGAGCUUCAGUUUGACUUGUCGACAGCGGUCCAGAAAGGCUACCAGCUUGGCAUCAUGGUCUUUGCCUGCCUCUUCCUCGCUGUCUCCACAGCCUACGAUGAGGAUAUCAUCAGCUAUAGGCUCCACCCCCUCAAGCCCUUCCAGCAGCUCGUGUUGUUUUCACUGGUAGACCUCCGGGGCAACUGA